AUGGUCGACUUCUCGCCCAUGCGGAAUAUCGUCCCGGGUGACGCAUCGGCCUUUCCGCCCAAGUCAGUCCAGCCCGGUAGUGCGGGCGAUCAAUAUCAUACGCCGCUGAUCCAACUCACGAAUGCUGGUUACGAGGUGUAUAACGCUCCGAUCAUCGGGGGUGACGUGGCCGAAGAUUAUCUGAACCAGUUCUGUAACGGCAUCCCGAAUGACAUGCUAGACGACUUCCGCAGCAAAGUGCACGAUCAAGUGCUCUCGAUCUGCCCUCGCGACCAAGUCGUCACGGUCGCCACAGUCCGCGGCUUCUCCUUUUCCAAAUCGGUGCUCUACUUGGUCUUUGACGUGUCGGAUCCCUUAUCCGCCACAUUGGACGGAGGCACUUGGGGCCCGUGCUUGCGAGCCAUCCGCACAGGCGGCGACGACUCUCUCUUCAGCAGCACCGAGCGCUUCUUCGUCUGCACGAACGGAUACACGAACCGGGAUCUCCCUCCUGAGGCGCCCAACAACGAGACGCACCAUCCAUGA